GCUCCUCAGGCGAACGAGUGGAGUCUCCAGUUCUAUGGCCGCCGCCGCCACGACACGGACGUCUUACUACUCAGCAUUUAGAACUCUGUGUGGAAUGAUAGCGUGUGACUGUGUUAGCGCUGCCUGGCAGAGGACGGGGACCCCAGUGACGUCACGCGCUGUUUGGCGGUCGGUCUGGAAUGGACGCCGAGCAGAAUGCGGAUAAUCUGCGGGUUUACAGCGGGAUGGCGGCCGCCCUGGGUAAUACACCGCGAGGCUACAUGAUGGACCAUUCAUUGCCCAGUACCCAGCCUUUAACCCCUUACUGACAUGGUGUCAUAGCUGCACUGAUUAACCCCUUACUGACACGGUGUCAUAGCUACAAUGAUUAACCCCUUACUGACACGGUGUCAUAACUACAAUGAUUAACCCCUUACUGACACGGUGUCAUAGCUACAAUGAUUAACCCCUUACUGACAUGGUGUCAUAGCUGCACUGAUUAACCCCUUACUGACGUGGUGUCAUAGCUACAAUGAUUAACCCCUUACUGACGUGGUGUCAUAGCUACAAUGAUUAACCCCUUACUGACACGGUGUCAUAGCUACAAUGAUUAACCCCUUACUGACAUGGUGUCAUAGCUACAAUGAUUAACCCCUUACUGACACGGUAUCAUAGCUACAAUGAUUAACCCCUUACUGACACGGUAUCAUAGCUACAAUGAUUAACCCCUUACUGACACGGUAUCAUAGCUACAAUGAUUAACCCCUUACUGACACGGUAUCAUAGCUACAAUGAUUAACCCCUUACUGACACGGUGUCAUAGCUGCAAUGAUUAACCCCUUACUGACAUGGUGUCAUAGCUACAAUGAUUAACCCCUUACUGACACGGUAUCAUAGCUACAAUGAUUAACCCCUUACUGACACGGUAUCAUAGCUACAAUGAUUAACCCCUUACUGACACGGUAUCAUAGCUACAAUGAUUAACCCCUUACUGACACGGUGUCAUAGCUGCAAUGAUUAACCCCUUACUGACACGGUGUCAUAGCUACAAUGAUUAACCCCUUACUGACACGGUAUCAUAGCUACAAUGAUUAACCCCUUACUGACACGGUAUCAUAGCUACAAUGAUUAACCCCUUACUGACACGGUAUCAUAGCUACAAUGAUUAACCCCUUACUGACACGGUGUCAUAGCUACAAUGAUUAACCCCUUACUGACACGGUGUCAUAGCUACAAUGAUUAACCCCUUACUGACAUGGUGUCAUAGCUACAAUGAUUAACCCCUUACUGACACGGUAUCAUAGCUGCAAUGAUUAACCCCUUACUGACAUGGUGUCAUAGCUGCACUGAUUAACCCCUUACUGACACGGUGUCAUAGCUGCAAUGAUUAACCCCUUACUGACAUGGUGUCAUAGCUGCACUGAUUAACCCCUUACUGACACGGUGUCAUAGCUGCACUGAUUAACCCCUUACUGACACGGUGUCAUAGCUACAAUGAUUAACCCCUUACUGACGUGGUGUCAUAGCUACAAUGAUUAACCCCUUACUGACAUGGUGUCAUAGCUGCACUGAUUAACCCCUUAUUGACGUGGUGUCAUAGCUACAAUGAUUAACCCCUUACUGACACGGUGUCAUAGCUGCACUGAUUAACCCCUUACUGACACGGUGUCAUAGCUGCACUGAUUAACCCCUUACUGACACGGUGUCAUAGCUGCACUGAUUAACCCCUUACUGACGUGGUGUCAUAGCUACAAUGAUUAACCCCUUACUGACGUGGUGUCAUAGCUACAAUGAUUAACCCCUUACUGACGUGGUGUCAUAGCUGCACUGAUUAACCCCUUACUGACAUGGUGUCAUAGCUGCACUGAUUAACCCCUUACUGACGUGGUGUCAUAGCUACAAUGAUUAACCCCUUACUGACGUGGUGUCAUAGCUACAAUGAUUAACCCCUUACUGACGUGGUGUCAUAGCUACAAUGAUUAACCCCUUACUGACAUGGUAUCAUAGCUACAAUGAUUAACCCCUUACUGACAUGGUGUCAUAGCUACAAUGAUUAACCCCUUACUGACAUGGUGUCAUAGCUACAAUGAUUAACCCCUUACUGACAUAGCUACAAUGAUUAACCCCUUACUGACAUGGUGUCAUAACUGCAAUGAUUAACCCCUUACUGACAUGUAAUGAUUAACCCCUUACUGACAUGGUAUCAUAGCUGCAAUGAUUAACCCCUUACUGACAUGGUGUCAUAGCUGCACUGAUUAACCCCUUACUGACAUAGCUACAAUGAUUAACCCCUUACUGACAUGUAAUGAUUAACCCCUUACUGACAUGUAAUGAUUAACCCCUUACGGAUAUGUUAUCAUUGCUACACUGAUUAACCCCUUACUGACAUAGCUACAAUGAUUAACCCCUUACUGACAUGGUGUCAUAGCUACAAUGAUUAACCCCUUACUGACAUGGUAUCAUAGCUGCAAUGAUUAACCCCUUACUGACAUGGUACCAUAGCUGCAACGAUUAACCCCUUACUGACAUGGUACCAUAGCUGCAACGAUUAACCCCUUACUGACAUGGUAUCAUAGCUGCAACGAUUAACCCCUUAGUGACAUGGUAUCAUAGCUGCAACGAUUAACCCCUUAGUGACAUGGUAUCAUAGCUGCAACGAUUAACCCCUUAGUGACAUGGUAUCAUAGCUGCAACGAUUAACCCCUUACUGACAUGGUAUCAUAGCUGCAACGAUUAACCCCUUACUGACAUGGUGUCAUAGCUGCAACGAUUAACCCCUUCCUGAGAUGGUAUCAUAGCUGGAAUGAUUAACCCCUUCCUGAGAUGGUAUCAUAGCUACAAUGAUUAACCCCUUACUGACAUGGUAUCAUAGCUACAAUGAUUAACCCCUUACUGACGUGUCAUAGCUGCACUGAUUAACCCCUUACUGACGUGGUGUCAUAGCUACAAUGAUUAACCCCUUACUGACGUGGUGUCAUAGCUGCAAUGCUUAACCCCUUACUGACAUGGUGUCAUAGCUGCACUGAUUAACCCCUUACUGACAUGGUGUCAUAGCUACAAUGAUUAACCCCUUACUGACAUGUAAUGAUUAACCCCUUACUGACAUGGUGUCAUAGCUGCACUGAUUAACCCCUUACUGACAUGGUCAUAGCUGCACUGAUUAACCCCUUACUGACUGUCAUAGCUGCAAUGCUUAACCCCUUACUGACAUGGUGUCAUAGCUGCACUGAUUAACCCCUUACUAGCUGCAAUGCUUAACCCCUUACUGACAUGGUGUCAUAGCUGCACUGAUUAACCCCUUACUGACAUGGUGUCAUAGCUACAAUGAUUAACCCCUUACUGACAUGUAAUGAUUAACCCCUUACUGACAUGGUGUCAUAGCUGCACCGAUUAACCCCUUACUGACAUGGUGUCAUAGCUACAAUGAUUAACCCCUUACUGACAUGUAAUGAUUAACCCCUUACUGACAUGGUAUCAUAGCUGCACUGAUUAACCCCUUACUGACAUGGUGUCAUAGCUACAAUGAUUAACCCCUUACUGACACGGUGUCAUAGCUGCACUGAUUAACCCCUUACUGACAUAGCUACAAUGAUUAACCCCUUACUGACAUGGUGUCAUAGCUACAUGAUUAACCCCUUACUGACAUGGUGUCAUAGCUACAAUGAUUAACCCCUUACUGACAUGUAAUGAUUAACCCCUUACUGACAUGGUAUCAUAGCUGCACUGAUUAACCCCUUACUGACAUAGCUACAAUGAUUAACCCCUUACUGACAUGGUGUCAUAGCUGCAAUGAUUAACCCCUUAGUGACAUGGUGUCAUAGCUACAAUGAUUAACCCCUUACUGACAUAGCUACAAUGAUUAACCCCUUACUGACAUGGUGUCAUAACUGCAAUGAUUAACCCCUUACUGACAUGUUGUCAUAGCUACACUGAUUAACCCCUUACUGACAAAGCUACAAUGAUUAACCCCUUACUGACAUGGUGUCAUAGCUGCACUGAUUAACCCCUUACUGACAUAGCUACAAUAAUUAACCCCUUACUGACAUGGUGUCAUAGCUACAAUGAUUAACCCCUUACUGACAUGUAAUGAUUAACCCCUUACUGACAUGUAAUGAUUAACCCCUUACUGACAUGUAAUGAUUAACCCCUUACUGACAUGUUAUCAUAGCUACACUGAUUAACCCCUUACUGACAUAGCUACAAUGAUUAACCCCUUACUGACAUGGUGUCAUAGCUACAAUGAUUAACCCCUUACUGACAUGGUAUCAUAGCUACAAUGAUUAACCCCUUACUGACAUGGUACCAUAGCUGCAACGAUUAACCCCUUACUGACAUGGUACCAUAGCUGCAACGAUUAACCCCUUAGUGACAUGGUAUCAUAGCUGCAACGAUUAACCCCUUAGUGACAUGGUAUCAUAGCUGCAACGAUUAACCCCUUAGUGACAUGGUAUCAUAGCUGCAACGAUUAACCCCUUACUGACAUGGUAUCAUAGCUGCAACGAUUAACCCCUUCCUGACAUGGUGUCAUAGCUGCAACGAUUAACCCCUUACUGACAUGGUAUCAUAGCUGCAACGAUUAACCCCUUCCUGAGAUGGUAUCAUAGCUGGAAUGAUUAACCCCUUCCUGAGAUGGUAUCAUAGCUACAAUGAUUAACCCCUUACUGACAUGUUAUCAUAGCUACAAUGAUUAACCCCUUACUGACAUGGUAUCAUAGCUACAAUGAUUAACCCCUUACUGACAUGGUAUCAUAGCUACAAUGAUUAACCCCUUACUGACAUGUUAUCAUAGCUACAAUGAUUAUCCCCUUACUGACAUAGCUACAAUGAUUAACCCCUUACUGACAUGUUAUCAUAGCUACAAUGAGUAACCCCUUACUGACAUAUAAUAUGUAAUGAUUAACCCCUUACUGACACACAUGGAAUCAUAUAUACAAAUGAUUAACCCUUUACUGACAUAUACCAUGAGAAACCUCUUACUCACAUAAAUUACCACGAUAAACCCCUUACUGACAUACAUGUCAUCUUAAACAAUGAUUAACCCCUUACUGACACAUGUAAUCCUAUAUCCAAUGUGCCACAAUGUUACAAAGAGGAUAAAGGAGCAAGUUAAUGAGAAACGUAAUAAUAAUUGCAAAAACCAAAAGGUGAAGGGGUCCAUGCUCAAAGGAGCUUACAUUCUGGGUGCCUUUAUUAUGAUUUGGUUAAGAAUGUAGAAAUACUUUAGGUUGUUGUACUUAAAGUUCAACUGUCACUUCUGUUUUAUAGGUAAUAUGCUUUUUGUACUGUUUUAUACAAUGGUGUAAAUUCCAGAGUAGUGACCCUUUAAUUUGCAACCUAGGCAUUGGUUAUUUUAGGGAGUAAUGGUGGGUUAUGUUCACGAUGGUCUGGGAUUGGUUGGAGACAGGGCCAGUGAUGUAAACAGUGUCACUGAUUCAUUCGAAGGGGGUGUAUGAACUCUGUGCACAUUCAUGUCAAGAUGGUAGGCUGCCAUAUACUGCUGAGGUGCUUGCAUAUGGACUGAUAUGGCAAUCCACUCUCAGACAUCUCUAUAUAUAGUGUUUGUAUAAAACCACACACGUAAAAUAAAUAUUGUUAAAAACAUACACACACACUCCAUCUAUCUCUAUCUUUUACUAUCUAUUUAUAUCCAUCUAUUUAUCUCUACAUCUAUUUCUAUCUAUUUCUAUCUCUCCCUCCCACACUCAGCCACCCGCCCACACUCACAAUCACUCGCUCACCAACCCACACUCACUCACUCUGUCAGUCACCCACCCACACUCACUCACACACACUCAGUCAGUGACCCACACUGUCACCCGCCCACAAUCACUCACUCAGCCACCCGCCCGCCCACACUCAGUCACUCACCCACACUGUCACCCACUCACCCUCAGCCUGCCACCCACCCACACCACACUCAGUCACCCACACCACACUCAGUCACCCAUUGACUCACACUCACUAAAUAAGUUUACUUACAGUUUGAAUCCUCCCCUCCUGCUCGGUCUCCAGUCUUCAGUUUCAGCCGACUCUUGUGUGCUGAUCUCCCACAAUCCUGCGGUGCGGACAGCCUGCAGAUAGGAUGCUUGUGCACAGUGCUGCACAGAGCUGCCCUCUGUCUGCUGACAGCAGAUCUGAGUGGAUUGAGGCGUUUUAAGCCUCCAUCAACUCGGAAGUCCCUCUGGUGGCAGUCUGAGUGACUGCAACUAGGGGUGUUCCUAGCUUUCAAUGUAAACACUGUGUUUUCUCAGAAAAUACAGUGUUUACAUGAGAAAGGCUGCAGGGAGCUAUAGUUCUCACCUGAAACACCUCAUUAAGCUGAAGUUGUUCAGGUGACUAUAGUGUCCAUUUUAAUGCUUGAAUAGAAGCAUUAGGCCCUCCCCAUAGGAAUGCAUUGGUUCAAUUCUUUCCUAUGGGGCUUUUACUGACACUGGAUGUCCUCAUGCAGAGCAUGAAAGUUGGUUAGCCGACAGAAAGUGGCUUUAGUGGCAGUAUGAUUGACAGCCAGUAGAGGCAGUCUUAGUCAUGCAAUGUAGUUAUUGCAGUUUCACAUUGCAGGGCUAAGUGGGACUGGAACACUGCACCCAGACCACUUCAAUCACAUGAAGUGGUGGGUGACUAUAGUGUCCCUUUAAGUCCUGCAUUACUUGCCAGACCUAAAAGUUGUUUGCAAUCACAAAGCUCCUCUUGUGUGAUUGCUGGGAAUAGAUAGGACCUUUGCUGAUGUUUAGUAGAAUGCUAACUCCAGCAUGGAAUAUUUCUUUAACUGUUUCUGAGAAUAAAAAAAUAUGGCAUGGCCCACAUUGAUAUUAUGUUUUGUUUGUGAUCUUUCAAGCAGUAGUCUUUCACAACUCCCACGCACAAUUACUCCCUGGAAUUUGAAAAGGUUUACGUCAUCGGUGUCCAACCUUUUGGCUUCCCUGGGACACAUUGAGCACAGAGGAAUUGUCUUGGGCUGCACAUAAAAGCUAUAAUAUAAAUAGUUUCUAUAAUAUAACUUCAAAAGCCCUUUUCCUUAAUUUGUUUAUUAGAUAACUUCCUUAUUUGUUAUCCUUUUGUGGGAUUGCAACUUAGGGUGCUAUCUACUAUACAUAUGCACACAUAACCACUCACAAAACAGACCUAUACACACGAUCACUGACUUGCGCACAUACAUACACAAAAAUCAAAUACACACACUUAGUACUAAAGAGGUCCACCCAGCCUCCCUACCGUGCUAUGGGAGAGCUGCAAUGGAUCCCCUGUCCCUGGUGGCUAGCGGUUGUUGCUGGGCUGGGACCUCUGUGCUCUUCCUGCACAGGUUCCUCGCGCUCCCAGCAGUAAUGCCGAUGCUGGAAUGAUGUCAUAUCCCGGUGGCUGGCUCUCUGCAGGGUGCACCAUGAGGACAAAAUGUAAAGUGCUGCUCCCUGCCUCCCUCGUUACCCGACAGCCCGGACGACAACCAGGCUGCGCUGCUAGCGGUCCCGUGCCGCAUUCAGGCCGCAGGUUGUAAACCCCUGGUUUAAGCAGUGGUCCUUAACUAGUUUUGAUGGUAACAGAAUUUGGUCCUGGGGUAUCUCUGCGGCGUUAAAUGAAUCAUGGAGCAGGUCCCACUAAGCAUAAAUAGAUCUUGCAUACAUCCUACAUAGUUAAUCAUCAUUCCAGUUCUGGUUUAGUGACUUCAUGAAUUGAGAGUUACCGGUUAUCAUGGGCAUAACUCUGAAACUUUAAUUUGUGAUUCUGGCAUCUUGUGCUUAAAAUAUAUUGAGUCUGGACUCCACUUGCAACCAGGCUUUCCUAGCAACUACCUCCAUACGUAGGCUGAGGCACAAAGAAAUUUACUAAGCAUUGGGUAUAAGGAGUCACAGCGCAUCGGUUAUGGGUUACAUUGAAUCCAUCCUGUUGGCUAUGGGACAGAGGACUUUAUGCAAUUGGCAUGAGGCAGAGAUAGACCCAUUGUAUGUCUGAUACAGAUUCUUCCAUACAGUGCCAAAGCUACGUUUGGCAUUUCAUGUCCUAUUACCCAUGUUGUUGAGCCAGUCCAGGUAGGAUACCUGUGUCUUUCUAGCCACAUGCUAUGAAUAUAAUACUGAGCUCUUCAGAGCAGCAGCAAACCAUAUUACAAUCGCAGGCAGCUUGUGCAUAUUCCAUUGUGUGGGCCUGGAACUUCAGCUAUGUUAAUCUAGCCCUGCACCAUCCUACAACCAAUGAAAACAAAUGGAUGGACAUUAUUCACUGCCAAGCCUCUGUUUAUCAUCUGCCACAGACCUCGUGAGGGACUAGCAGGGAUAUUUUCUUAACCAGUUCUCUACUGGCAGCUUAAAUAAUGUGUAGCCAAUGGUAAAUAUUACCGAUUUUUGCUGUUUGGUAAGCAAGAACAUCCGAAUGUGCAACAUAAACUGUUAGUUUGGUGCAUUUUCAGCUUUUUCUAUUAUUAAUAUUUUAGUGAAUAGUUUUAUUUUAACAAUUCUAGGAACCCAAUAAGAAUUUCAAUAUCUUUUGUCUCCCCUUACAGAGAAGCUAACCAGUGAAGCAACUGUUUUGGCUGAACAUCACAAGAAAAUGAAAGAGUACAAUGUCUCCUUAAAACAAUUAAACUCAAACUUUAAUCAGGUACAGUAUUAUUAAAAUAUCUAAUUAUAUUUUUUGUAACUGUUUCUAGAACAUCAUUAACAUUUGAUACAGAUCCUAAAUCCUCUUUCCUAACAGGUGUUUUCAUCCUCUUAACCCUGUAUUUCCCCUUUCUGCCCAGCGGUCCUGUUAUAUUCCCAUACUCCUUUGCACCACAUGUAAAUACAUUUCUUUGCAGAUGUUCUUGGCACACCAUGCUGCAUCACAUUCAUUGUGUGCUUAGUGUCCCUUUUUCAUUGAUCUAUCUGUCUACGACUUUAAAUGGGCACAAAAAAGAGUAAGCUGUGCUGCAGCUAUGCUAAAGUCAUCAAUCUCUUAUCUCUGGGGUAAUCCAAAGCUCCUCAUAGAGAAGCAAAGGGGCCCUACAGGACACAGACAGCAAUUGCAGCACUCAGCUAAUCAGAUGCUUCUUAUUGAGACCCAUUGUGAUGCUGAAUGUGAAGACUUUAUCUUAUUGAAAAUUUUCAAAAAGACUUUUCUUGUUUGGCUGUCUCACAAAUGUAAACAUUGCUGCUUCUCACAAACAGCAAUGUUUCCAUUUGUCAGAAUGUUCAUCAAAAUUCCUACACUGAAGUCGAGGUUUUAUGUAUAAUUUUAUGCUGUACUUUAAUUUUUAGGUCCAGUCAAGGCUUGAACGUGUUGCAGCUAUUAAACCAGGAUUCAGCAAAGUCAAUUUAUGAGGAGAUGUCCUGUGCACAGUUUAUUUGUAAAUAUUUUCCUUUCUUUGAAUGAUUUUUAUAAACCUCAAAAACAAAAUUGCCAUAACCAUUUUUUUUUUUUUUAAAAAGGAUGUCAUCUAUUUUGCAAGGUUUGUUUGUGAUUAAACUAUUCCCUUAAAAUUGAAUUUAAAAAAAAUAAAGUUAAAAUAUCCAAGCUCUGGGUGAAUUUGAGAAUAUUUCCAACUUUGUUAUUGUACCUUACAUUUCACGAUUUAUUUUUCCGUAUUUACUAAACCACCGUUUUCUACGUAUGUUUAAAAAAAAAAAAAAAAAAGGUAAUUAAAGGAACAACCCAUUAUAGGUUUGACUUUAUAUCUGGAGUCAGCCAGGCACCACUCCCCACCUCCACUGUCAAUUACAGAGCCAAGUCAUGCAGGGCUGGCUAAUUAGCUGAUGUCUCUCAGCCAAUGGGCUGUGUCCUGCACGACCAGUUUUACCACUUACAAUGAGGGGGUGCCAGCACACACUCUAAUGUGCUGUAGUGGUUAUGGUGCUCUUAGUGUUCCUUUAGUAUGGAUCUUGAAAAAGCCCACUAAGAGGGGCGAAACGUGUUGAUUAGGUGAUCCAUCAUCCUGCAUUUUAUCUUGUUUUACUGUCAACACUCUGCAUGACAAGUUUUUAUGCAAACCGGAGGCAGAAUUACAAAGAGGAGAACUUUUACUGAAUCCACAGCCAGCCUUGAAGCAGAGGAGAGAUAAGACUGCAGCCAGAUAAGCUUUUAUUGUGGUCCUUAGAGAUAAGCACCACAUUUUUCUUCUGUAAGGGUUCCUAUGUUGGGGAGGGGGAUUCCAUUGGUGUUUUAAGACAUUAAAUACAGUAUUGCACUAUAUAUAUUCUGUCUUUUUUAAAGGAUUCAAAGUCAAAGAUUGUGUUCCCAAACAACACUGUGGACCUCCUGUCACUUUGGACCCUGCUACAUAUUUUAUACUGGACUGAGAUACAAUUUAGAUUUUUUUUGUUACAAUCUGAUUACUAUCACUUAUAUUGACACUUAACACUGUAUGCUAUUGCUGUUUCUAAUUAUUAUAGAUACAUUUGUUAAGACCUUUACCCCUGAUUACACAUAAAAUACCUAGAGGACAACUUAUCCGUAUUAGUUGUACCACAUUUUUCUACACAAGAUGUAGUUUAAAGCAAAGAUUUUGGAAAAAGCUUAUACAUUAGAUUAUGACAGAUGAGUCAGACAUCUGGAUAAAUAAACCACUAUUCUCAAAGGGGCUCAUGUCAUUUUGGAAGAAAAUGUUUGCUGGCUGUUCCCUUCUCCCCUAACUGCGAGUCAUCAUAAUCAAACUUUAUUUUACUAAAAUAAGGAAAUAUAUGAACAAAAAUAAAGCAAUAAGGGCUGCCAAAGGCUAACUGAAAAUAAAUUCCAUUAGAAACAUUUGUUUAAAAAACAGACUAAACAGUUUAAUAGAAAUAAUGACAGCAAGUUUAAUACAGGCUGUAUUUAGAACUAUAGUAAAUUGCUUCAAAUACAUUAAACUUCUCACAUCUUUAAAAGGUGCUGAAUUGAAUUAUUCAGCAAAUGUAAGCUAGUAUUGCUAAAUCUAAGGCACACAGCAAUGAUUUAGGGUUUUGUUUUUCCACGAAGUGCCAGAGGUUAUAACAUUUGCAAAUUGUGUAGCAUGUUUUGUGCCAUGCAUGUGGAUAUUGACCUGCCUCUUGGAACAUGAGAACACGCUUAAAGGGAAAGUCUUACAUUAGGUUUUGCUUGGCUGUCAUGGCUUGCCAUUUAUUACGGAUUAUCUCAGCCAAUCCAAUGCUUGUCCAAAAAGAGGCAUUGAGGGGCCUACUGCAAAUGUGCAGCAAUUGUCUCUGCAUCAAUUAGCAUCUCGUCAUAGAGAUGCAUUACAUGAGUGCAUGGGGGGGAGCAUUCAGCCUCUUCAUGCGGAGUGUAAGAAUGCUGAAGGGCAAUAGUGCAGGGCCAUAAUAAUAAGCACCACUAGUGGCUAACUGAUAGUAACGGUGUUCUUAGGGACAAAUGUAAACACUGCCUUCUUAGAGAAAAGGCAGUGCUUAUAGAGCAGUGAGUACAGUCAGGCUCUUUGCACCAAAACCACUACAUUAAGCUCUAGUGGUAUGGUUUCUUACAGUGUCCCUUUAAUGCAUAUAUACACUGCCCAUCUUUCCUCGGACAGGAAGUAUAGUCAGUGAACAGGUGGUGUCAGCAGAAGCAGUUUGGCAAAAUGCUCUUUAGAACACAAAUCCAUGAACAGUGCAAUAAAAUCAUAAUUCACUUUCCUGAUCCCAGGAGUUAAAGGGGAAUUCUAAAGCACCAUAACUGCCAAUCACUGCGGCAGUUAUGUUAUCAGCACACCCAAUGGCCAUUCUCUGGUUAUGGGAAACUGUUUUCAAAUGGUUUGGCACAAAGUGUUCCCUGGCCUGGCCCCUUGCGAUGAAGAUGGCUAAUGAAGAAAUGCUACUUUCAUAUUGGCAAUAUGAUUUUGAAAUUAGCUGACCUGCUAAGCCAAUGAAUGCCAUUGAGAUGUGGACAGAAUUUAUAUUUCUAAUGUGUAAGUGCAAAGCCUAUGCUUUUGACAUCUGAGAAGAUCCUCUGUGCCAGGCAGUCAAAGUGUUUAACAUGUAACCAGGGGAUAGAGCCAGGAGAUGACUGGCACCAGUUAUGAUGCUUAGAAUGCCCUUUAAUCUUUUACAGUGCUAAUCAGUAAAACCAAUAGUCUUUAUUGCACACAAGUAGAUAUUGUUUUAGUAGCAAAUGCAGUACACUUACUAUACCCAGGGUAAUCUAAAAGAACUAGAUUAGGGUUUAAAUUCCCCUUCAUUGGUUUGAUGCACACAGUUUGCUUGUAGAUAAAUGGGUACUAAAACACGCAUAUAGGAAAUUUCACAUAUCGGACACAACUGUGUAAACUUUGAAAAAGGAAUGCUUUAUUGGAUUACAGUUCUCCUGUUCAACCUUUAAAAAUAAAUAUAAUACAUAAAGCUGUCAGAUAAGCUAUGGAUCUGGGGUCAUCAGUAAUUGCAUACUUCAGAACAGUUAAUCCUGUCAAUCCAAACCACACUGCUUAUUAAAUAUACUCCAAUAAGCUACACUUUAAAUGAGGGGAAUAAUUAUAGAAUGAUUAUUCUAUAAAAUCCAUUGUAGAGGUAAGGACUAGAAUGUCAGUGAAACUGAAUUAAGGGAUCUUUGCCUGGAAAAGGUUUUAAAAAAUAUUAACUUUUCAUAAAUAUGUUCCUAUUACUUUUGUUUGUAAUAAAAGUAAUACUUAUUUUCUGGUUCAAAACAUACAAUAUAUAUUUUUCAUAAAAUAUUAUAUAAGGUUUUUUUGUGGUGUGUUUACAAUGUGUGUUACAAUUAUUAUCUGGAGCUUAGUCUCAUUAAAAAAAUGUUUGCGUCAUGUUAUACAACUAAUGAGAACAAUAUGCAUAGUACUGCACAGGCUAUAGGGAGCCAGUGGCGGCUAACCAAUUAUAAGAUACCAGCAUGUGUAGAGAUGCAGUUACAGUAAACCAUCUUUGCUGACAGUACAGCAAGUCGUUUUAGUAAGCUGUAGUGUAUAAAUUAAAAUGUUAAUAAAACACCAUGGUCAUUUUAAAAUUAGCGACCGUUAUCUACGAACUUAGUUUGUUUUAAGAUAGUAUGGGUGUACAAUUCUCAGUGUGUUAUUUUAUUACAUGUUUUGCAAUAAAUAUGGUGAGAAUUAAAUACUUGGAAAAAAAAAAAAUUUACUCUUUACCAGGUGUGCCCAAAAGGUAGAUCCCCAGAUGUUUGAAAACUACAGCGUCCAUGAUGCUUUGCCACUCAAAGCAUCACGGGAGUUGUGGUUUUAAAACAUCUGGGCAUCUUCCUUUUUGGCACCCCUGCUCUAUACUUUAGGCAAUUCUAAAAGGCACAGGUUCACAGUCAGUCUUUAGGACACACAGCUAUAGACGCUCCAUUCCUAAAUCUGUACUGCUUAAAAACUUCCUGAGAACAAAAUGAAAUUUUUUUGGGGGUGUUUGUGUGCACACGCAUGUGCAGACUGGAAUGACACACCAGCUUUAUCUAGAGUUCAAACCAGAUACCAAUGUAAAGCUCCACACCAUCUGCUAUAACAGUAAAGGCCUUUACUGUGCUAGAAGCAAAAGCUUUGUCAAGAGGCGAACCAAGACUUAUCGCCUGGGACGUCCACACAGAGUAAGUCAAUUCACACAUUAAGGCAAGGUUAAAUGAUUAGAAGGAUCAGUGUGGUGGUCCCUCUUUUUUGUCUUCCUUCUCAAUUAUUUUGUAGUCGUUGAGGAUCACGUGACUGGUUUCCUUCGCAGUUUUCUUUACAAUUGCUUUGAUUCCAAGAUGAUCAAUAUUAAAUGCGGUUACUCCAACAUUGAUGGCAGAAUUCAUAGCAUUGUCUGUGGCGUGGCCAGCGUCUUUGCCAAACCUGCAUCAGAAACCAAAUGCAUUUCAGAAUCAUCUAAUUUUAAAUUAAACUUAAUGAUCAAGUUUGGCCUGGAAAUUGUCAAAAUCACCAAACCUCAAUCAUGCCAGUUACAGUAACUAAAACUGUUGGUUCACUUUAAAAUGGGGUAGAUUUAUCAAUGUAGCCUUGGUGUAAGGAUAUUUAGAUCCUACCAGAGAUUUUCUACCUUGAAAGUAUUGUUUUUACUCCUCUGAGGAGUACCCUGCCUUACUGGCUAUAGAGAAUACAAUUAUCUUUGUAUAUGUGUGGCUGGCAUCACAUUGAUAGAUCUCCUCCAAUUUAUAGUAUUGGAAAUCAUUUUGAAGGAUGAUUUAAACAUUUAUUUUAUUUUUUAAAUCAAGCAAAAUACAAUCAUGAAUAUUAAGCAAUUGUUUUUAAGAUUAGAAUUUAAGUUACAGUUUCUUAGAUGCAUUUGCAUAAUGACAUUUGGUGUUUUAAAAUAAUUGCUGGGCUUCUGAAGGACUUACCUCUCCUUCAUGUGAAAAGGUGGAAGAUAGCUUGGAAGAAUAAUGUGCAUGUUUCCUACAUACCACACCCCAUGGGGCCUUCUAUUUUUCCCUGGCUACACCAUACCAACCUGUAGCCCACCUUAUAAACAGCCCCCCUGCCACUUACUUGGUCCUCUUAAUAACUGCCAUCCAGUUCCUAGACACCAGUGUUCCUAAAGGAUAUCCCCAAACAUACCAACCCAAUCUUUAGUACUGUGAACACUUCCAUUUACCCCAAAACUCUCCCAUUCUGUUCAUAAUUUUUUUAAUUUUUUUUUUUUUUUUAAAGGGAAAUUUUAACCCUUUGAAGCAGGGAGGGGGGACGGGGGGAACCAUUGUUCUGUAAAUUUCCCUGUUGGGCUUUUUCUUACCUGGAAUCCAGCACCAGGAAAGCUCCCGGUGUUGACUGCCACACACCCCAUUCUCACGCCACAGGGGCCUUGUGCGGUCCAAUCACAGGCUUCUUGUGGAGAAGAUUGUGAUUGGACCAAAUGCCGUCUCAGAGUGCACGCACACAUUCCAGGAAGGGGAGGGAGUUUUUUUUGUUUUUUAAACUGUCUGCAGUGAAUGGAGGCGGGAGGCAGUGCCCACAGAGAGGGGAGAGCUAGAUUUUUAAUGUCUGUUGCCAGCGUGCAGUGCGUUCUGAUGACAGACUUCCAAUAUACACGAUUGACGUAGAAAGCAAGAAACAGAGUUCUGGGCUGCCAGUGUCACUUGUGCUGGAGGUGCAACUAGCCCCUAGCACACAAUUACAAAUAUCUCUGUAUGUGCAGUGUUUCAAGCAGAAACCCUGCACAUACAUAUUCCUACCACCACGACCACUUCAAAUCAAGUGGUUGGUCAUGGUGGUUAGAGUAACCCUUAAACUGUGUUACUAACAUAUUUAAACUCCAUUAGCCCACCCACUGUGCAGCAGGUAGCGCAAGCAUAAAUGACUUUCUGGUGUGGCAGGCAUCCACUGAAAUCAGGAACUUCACAUAGGAAUACAUUUUUAUUUCUAACUUAUUAAUAUUUGCAUAUUUGAACAUAAGUGAAUAAGAAAGCUACGCUGUUACUGAUACACCAAUUUUUCCAGGUUUGACCAAGACUUGCACUUACAAGGUUACAUAAUCCUUAGAACUUUUUUUUUUUUUUUUUUUUAUGAAUAAUGGCCUAUUGGGCAUUUUUCCUUAGGCACCCCUCUUCCAAGCAGUAAAAAUAAGUUAUAAAAUACGUUUUCCAUGCACCCUCCCGACUUCACCGGUCAAAUCAAACAGCUUCUCAUAGGGAAGCCUUUGAUUGGACAGUAUAGCCGGCACAGAGCCGGUGUCAGGAGGGAUUCUUGAAAAAUUAAAAAACUUAGCUGAGGGAUAGGGAGGCAGGAGGGCUGCGUGACAAGACAAGAGUGCAAAGUCUGCAGAGCCUGCAAGGGGAUCAUCAAAUUAAGUCUUUGCCAGCAUGCAGUGCGCACUGAUGACCGGUGUAAAAUAUGCACAGAAUUGACAUUUGGCAGUCCAGACAAAGUUUCAGGCUCCGAAAGUUACUUGUGCCGGCAGUGUAACAAGCCCCCAGCACACAAAUGCAAAUAACUGAAACAGCAAGAUUCCUUCCUCCAUAACCACUUUCAAAAGCAGACGUGGUCAUGGACAUUGGAGUAACCCUUUAACACUGUGUUGCUGCAAUGCAUCAAGAAACCAAUAUAGAGAAAAUCAAUAAACUGAAUUAAACCACAGCUAUUGGAUUUGGAAUCAUUUUAAAUUAAUUCGUACCAUCAUUUGUACAUUAACUGAAUUUAACACAAACAUUAAGUGUAGUACAGCUGCAUUUACUAAACAUGUUAAACCCAUCAUCCUUUAAGAAAUAAACCAAGGUUUAAAAACCAGAUCCAGCAGUGUAGAGCGAGCUGAGACUUUAAAUUUGGUGUUUGGUAUUCGUUAGGAAUACACAGAGAUCGGAGUAAUUGAUCAAUUAAACAGGUACAAACAUAUACCAAGUAUUUACAUGUAUUAUCUUCAAUGCAGGUUCCCCCAUACCUAGAUAAAAAGAAAUAAUUUGGUUAUAAUGUAGGGAUACUGCAAAUUGAAAAUGGCUCAACAUAGGACCAUUUUUAAUGGUUUAUUGAAUUGCGUACAGAUAUGGUCAGGACAGAUACAUAUAAGGCUAUUAGAUCGAUUAUUUCAAAUUCCUUUAUAUUUCUCAUGUAUUUUCUAAAAUUAAAGGAGCACUAUAAGGUCAGGAACACAAACAUGUAUUCCUGACCCUGUAGGGUUAAAACCACCAUCUAGCCACCCUGGUCCCCUCAGGCCUCCCUAAAAAAUUUAAAAUCUUACUGUAUUCAAGUCUGGAGCUGCCAGCUCUGGCUCUGUUUCCUUUAGACCUGCCCACUGCCUGCUGACAUCAGCAGAAGUGGUAGCCUGAUCCAAUCACAAUGCUUCCCCAUAGGAUUGGCUGAGACUGACAAGGAGGCAGAUCAGGGGCAGAGCCAGCAUUAUUCAAACACAGCCCUGGCCAAUCAGCAUCUCCUCAUAGAGAUGAAUUGAAUCAAUGAAUCUCUAUGAGGAAAGUUCAGUGUCUGCAUGCAGAGGGAGGAGACACUGAAUGUUUGGAUGCAUUUUAGGCAGCCAUGACCCAGGAAGGAUCUCUAACAGCCAUCUAAGGAGUGGCCAGUGAAGUUAUCACUAGGCUGUAAUGUAAACACUGCAUUUUCUCUGAAAAGACAGUGUUUACAGCAAAAAGCCUGAAGGUAAUGAUUCUACUCACCAGAACAAAUUCAAUAAGCUGUAGUUGUUCUGGUAACUAUAGUGUCCCUUUAAUGAAUAGCAGUGAAGGCUAACCUUUUCGUAAAAUUUUUCAUUCUGUAGUGUAUUGCACAUAAACAAUUAUCUUAAUGAGACAGUUUAAAUCAAUUCUGUCUACCUAGUGUUUAGAACAGCUUGCUAGUAAGUAAUCAAUACUGAAAUGCUUUAGAAUAGUUGUAAAUGUAAGAAAAGCAGCAAAAAGCUGAAAAUAUUUUUUUUUUUUUUUAGGUUUCGUACUUUCAUCCAUUUACUGGAAUGCAAUUCAAUCUCGGACAAUUUUUCCUCCCGAAGACUGGCCACUGUAUCAUUACAGGGACUGUCAAAACACAGCUUACAUGUACACUAACUAUUGGCAUUA